AUGGACCACAACCUCCUCGUAUCGGAACUGCAGCAGCUCAUCGUCGAGAGCAAGCGGAGGAACCAUGAGGUCAAGGAUGCCGGCGAGGUCGCUCUCGAGAUCUUGCGACCCGGUCCGCAAUCGCGCGAGGUCCUCUCCGCGAACGCGGACAAGCUUCUCGCUCCGAUGACGCUGGGAUGCAAGACGAAGAACGCCAAGAUCGUCGGCAUCAGCAUAGCGGCGUUGCAGCGGCUAGUCGCGCUCGGCGGCGUGCCGCUCGAGCACCUGCCGGGCGUGCUCCAGACACUGGGCGCAGUGUCAGGACAGGCGGUCGACAUCCAGCUCAAGAUCCUGCAGACGCUGCUCAGCAUGCUGACGUACUGCACCGACAUGCACGGCGAGACGCUUGGUACCGCGCUCCUGCUCUGCUUCAAGCUACAGGACAGCCGCGUCAGCGUCGUUUCCUCGACUGCGGCGGCGACAUUGCGACAAGCGAUCAUGGUUGUCUUUGAUCGUGUCAGCGUCGAGGACGACCCGACCGAGACGCUCACCUUGCCCUCCGACCCGCCAGAGGAGGUCCAGGUCACCCCCGCCGUCAAGGACGCAUACUACAUCCUGAGCGAUCUGUGCGUGCUGACGGCGGCGGCGCCGUCGGCUUCGGGUCUGAGCUUGUGGACGUCAAGUGAGAAGGAGAAGCCCGUCAUGCUCAAGCUGCAGUCGCUGCAGCGCACGUUUGGGCUCGAGCUUAUCGAGUCCAUUCUUAGCGGAUACGAGGGCGUCGUCAAGAAGCACCCCGAGCUCGUGCACCUCCUGCGCCACUCGCUGCACCCGCUCAUUAUCCGGCUGCAGGGAGAAAAGCCGUCCUUCCCCGUCGCGCUCCGCAUAUGCCGUCUCCUCUACGUUCUCGUUCGCAGCUACGCCGACCAGCUCUCAGCCGAAGUCGAGACGUAUCUCCUCACUCUCAUCCGGUUAGGUGCCGGAGAUCCAGACGAGGAAAAGCCGCCCGCGAAGAAGGACACGGUCGCGCCAUGGAUGCACGUCCUCGCGCUCGAGAUCCUGAGAGGAAUCUGCGGAGAUCCCGCCCUUCUCCGGAAUAUCUGGACACAGUACGACAAGGCCGGUGGCACCAAGCUCUUCGCCAAGCUUGUGUCUGCGCUCGGACAUCUGGUCAACGAGAAACCGGCCCUGCUCGGCGUCGGCACGCAGAUGCACGGCCUCGGCGUUCCCGCCUCGUCGAGCGAGCACGUUAACUCGGGCUACCUCGACAUGGGUAUCGGCAUAGUUGCGUCCGCGGCGACACUGGGCGCCUCGGCCGUCUCGAGCGCCAUGUCUGGACCGACAGCCGUGGGGCUCGGCGCGCACUCGGGAGUGAAGCAGCGCCUCAUCGAGCAGCACGACAAGGCGGAGCCGCCAGCCUUCCCGGAGACGUACGUCUACCUUCUGGCUGUGCAGUCGCUAUGCGCGAUUGCCGAGAGCAUCUUCAUGGGAAUAGGAUCCGAGGAGACGCGCGAGACGUCCAAGGGGCUGGCGGAGAGUGCGUGGCCGGCGCUACUCGCUGCGCUGUCGUAUUCUAUCGCCACCGAUCUGUCGGAUCAACUCUUCGUCGAGGUACUUGCGGCGCUGCAGGACUUCACGGUCGCCUGCGGCACGCUUGACCUCAGCACGCCACGCGAUGCCUUCCUCCAGACCCUCGCGCGAUGUGCUGUCCCGCCCACAGUCGUGUCCGCCAUGCAAACAUAUAUGGACUCCCCGCCAAAGGCGUCGUUAACGGUCGAGUCGCUCGUCAGUGGCCCAACAGGCCCGCCGUCGCUAUCGGAGCGCAACCUCGCCUGCCUCCGGAGUCUGAUCGGAGUCACGCAGUUGCUUGCUGGCAGCAUGGGUCCGGGGUGGCACGACGUGCUCGAGACGCUGCAGAACGCCAAUUACCUCCUGAACGCGAGCCGCGCGCCGCGCCGGCCUAACGUGCAGUCCCCCGUGAGCCCGAGCAAGUCGCCUUCCCUCGAGCCGACAGCGCCGAAACCCGAUAUGCUGCAGGAUUUGGAUGCCGAGUCAAUCCAGGGCGCCGUCAACGAGCUGUUCGAGAACACACGUGACCUCGACGACGCCGCGUUCACCGUCUUCGUCACCGCCCUUUGCCAGCUCAGCGCCGAGGUCAUCGGCAUGGGGAACCCGUCAGCGCAGACGCUCCCGAGACCUUCCGCCGAACCGCGAAGAAGAACCAGUGGCAUCAGUAUCGGGAGCAGCAGCAAGUCGUCGGAGCGCUCGUUCGGGCUCGCCAAGUUGCGUAGCGUUGCGACGCUGAACGUGAACCGUCUCGUCCAGUCCCCGCCCGAGGUGGGGUGGGGCGUCGUCACGCAGCACCUCGUCGCCGUGGCACGGCACACGACCGCACCCUCGCCUAUCCGAGUGCAGGCGUCGGACACGCUGGCCGAGUUCUUGCAGCUCUCGCUACGCACGGCAUGCGAGGCACGUGUGCAACACCAGAUCUUCGAUGUGCUCGCCAAGGUCGUCGACGUCGCUCCUGUUUCGAAUACUGUCGCGACCGACUACGACGUCCGCAGCACGGGAUACGAGACGCUGAACCACAUCCUUCAGUCGUCUGGACACAGCCUCGAGGUUGGGUGGCCGACCAUCUUCGACAUGCUCAACUAUGUGUGCAAGCGGCCAGAGGACGCGCAGCCGCACAAGGGCGACGCGGCGCUCGUGCGCAUCGCGUUCCCGUCCCUGACGCUUAUCUGCACCGACUUCUUGUCGUCGCUCGACGCAGACGCUAUGCGACAGUGCAUCGUGUGCCUGGGCUACUUUGGACGGCAGACCGACGACGUCAACAUCUCGCUGAAUGCCAUCGGGCUGCUGUGGAACGUCUCGGACGCGGUCCAGGGCGACUCGAAGGAGCUCUGGCUCUACCUUCUGACUGAGCUGUUGGCGCUCGCGCGCGACCAGCGACUCGAGGUACGCUCGAGCGCCAUGCAGACGCUCUUCCGCUGCGUUGAACUGUAUGGUUCGAGCCUCAGCUCAGAGCUCUGGGACAAGGUGUUCGCGCAGGUCGUGUUCCCGCUCAUGGAGGCGAUGCGAGGCGACGAGUCGCAGGUACUCGCGUUGACCAGUGUGGGUAACAUCUUUGGCCAGUUCCUGCCCCAGAUCAUGGCGCUCCCCGACGCCAAGGGCGUGUACCAGCAUCUCCUCGACCUGCUUGUGAAGAGCUGGACGAGCGAGCCGCGGAAAUGCGGCACAGCCGCUGUUCGCGUACUCGAGCGUGUCCUCUCCGUCGCGGAGAAGGGCAGCCCGCUCCUCCCCCCGUCGUGGGACACGUUUGUCGCCCUCGGUCGCGCGCUGAAGGACCCCCACGAGGACCCGUACACGCAGGACAAUCUCGUCGUGCUCGUCAAGGUUGCGUCAUUACUCCAUGCCAAGUUGCAGUGGGACGACGACAAGCUGAAGGAGUUCUCCAACAUCCUCCGUUCGCUGGUCACCUACUCCAAGUCGCCGGACUACCGGCCAGACGUUGACGUCAUGUCGCCUUUGCAGAAGGACGUAGCCGAGCUCGUCGCAUCGAGCCAGCUCGGCGCACACCUCGUGCUUUGCGACCUGGCCGAGUUUGCCUCCCUCGCGUACGUGGGCAGCGGCAACCCGAAACUCAGCUACGUCGCUUUGUCCAAGUUUGCGAUGCCGAAGAUUUUCGACGUGUUCGCGCCCGUCUCCUCGGACAAGUCGCUCUACGAGGACGAGACGGUCGAGGCGAUCUUGAAGGCGUUCUCCCUCCCCAUCAAGCUCAAGUACGACUGCCCCCCAGCAAGCAAGUAUGGCUCCGACGAGCCGCUCUGGCGCACAGCAAUGCGCACCUUUGUUGGCGUGCUGAGCCACGUCGUCAAGGGUCUGGACGGGGAGCUGAGUGAGGAGCGCUACGACGCCAUCUGGGGCACGAUCAUGGACGUGUUCUCCGGCGUGCUGCUCGCCGAUAGUGGCGAGGAGCCCCUGCCCGACGACGAGGAGUUCAUCCUUCCGCUUCUGAACGACAUGCGUACAGCGCUCUUCGCGCGCCUGCGGGAUCCGCGGCUGAAGCCCGCCGUCGUGGAGCGGUUCGCGGAGACGCUGCGCCGCGCGUCGCUGCUGUACCACUACGACGUCGAGGCGAGCGGGGGCACGACCGCCCCGGCUGUCAACGACGACGGCGAGGGCGUGCGGUACUGGGCCUUUGACCAGCUCGUGGCGGGGGCGAGGCGCGAGCACGGCGAGCACGGCGAGGGAAGCGAGCCGCGCAACGACAGCAAUGACAGCAAGGCGACGGCGACGGAGGGGGAGGAGGCGAGCCGCCGCGUCGCGGCGCUCUUCGCCCCGGCCGUCCUGAAACGCUUCGACCUGACGCUGCGCCAGUUCCUGGACGACGCAAAGCUGCGCGGCCAGAUGCCCUUUUCUCGGGUCCGUGAGGACGAGCUGCUGUAUGUGCUCACGCAUCUUGUCACUAUGAGCAUGUGGGGUAGCACGAGCGACGCAAGCGGUUCCGACGCGAGCGACGACACCAAGGCCGCCGAGAAGGCGGAUGGGGCGGCGACACCAUUACAAGCCGCCGCGGCCCGAUCGCCCCGCGCCCACCUGUUCGCAUACUACCCGCUGCUGCUGCAGCUCGCGUUCGUCCCCUCCGCGCCCAGCAUGUGGGUCACGCCGCCCGAGUACUACAGACUGUUUGGGAAGGAUGUGGCCGACGACGCGGGCUUGAGUGGGCUUGGUGCUGAUGAAGACGCGCCGAGACAGAGCAUGGACGUCAAUGGCGACAUUGGGCCGGAGAGGGGGGGACGAGGACAUGGUCGAGGUGUCUGCGCGCGAGCUGGCGCGGCGCGCACUCGAGCUCACAUGCAAUACUUGUAA